UAAAGAAGGCGGAGUUAGUUUUCAUGCAAACGCAAAUAAAUAUAAGCAGACGAAGUGCUAUUUUUGUGUUGAUGUUGAGCGUCAUCAAAAUGGAUAACUACGAUUUUUACGUGUACCAGUGGAAACGAAAUGUGUUGUUGGAUUCACAGCUCUUUUAUUUGCGUGUCAACCAAAGAGAAUCCAGUGAAAAAGAGAAAACCACCUCUCGCAAGAAAACCACUUGGUAACAUAAGGAAUUAUGUGGACAUUUCCCUUCUCAAAUUACACGUGCUGUUACAAAAGUAAAAGCUAAUGCUAUUACUAAGACUACAGUUUGCACAACACAAGCACAAGAUACUCCUACAGAAGGUCCUGUUACAGUUUAUGAAGACAUAAAUAAUGAAGUCAUUGAGGUUGCAGCUGUGUGUAAUGUCACAGGUAAUAUGUCAGUUCUAGAGGCUGUCAAGGAAAAUGAAAACUCAACAUUUUCACCUGAUGACAUUCGAAAUAUCAAGCUACCCUCAACAACUUGGAGAAUUGGAUCCCUAGAAGACGGAUUGCUUAAUUUCUUUAACAUUGAAGAAAAAAAACAAAGUGUUGCCAUUCAAAAAUUGCUUUCAGUUGAUUUCAAUAGACGCAGUUACACCAAAACAAUCAUAAAUCGAGAGCUUACAGAUAUUGAAGAGCACCAACACGAGACCAACACUUUUACAUCACUAGCACAAAUUGAAGAAGUUUUGUUAAAUCUUCACAAUGCAAGAAUAUGUCCUGGCAUCGUCCACGAUCCUUUAAAAUACCCAACUACAGAAAACUUGGUUCGAAAUGGUCAGCUGCUGCAUGGAAUUUGGAGAUCGAAUAAAUGCAGCCUCCUAAUUUCUGAAUGUGGCAAGAUGACGCACUGCAAAUUCUGCAAGAUGUUGAAGAAAGCUUUACAAAUGCAGUUUAACAGACACAAGAAAAUUAAACUGCACACCAAAAUCAACCACACAUUUUUGAGCAUGAAACAACUAUCCCGAAAAAUCGUUGCAAAGGCCAAACGUGAAGCCCAACUUAAGUUUCAAUUAAAGAAGAAAAAAGAAGAAAAUAUGAAACUGAAAGCUGAGCUAAAAGACAUGCGCUUGAAUUAGCAAAAGUUAAAUAUGAACAGAUAGACAUAGACAAAUUAAGCGACAAGGUAAUAUUUUUAAUGUUUGUUCCCUUACAAUUAAUUAUGAAAUGAUAUUCGACCUGUGUGACUACUGACUAGUAAAAAGCCCAUUUUUGAUUGACACCUCUUUAUUCCAUUGCGCACGUUAUUUACAUUGUGACUCUUACCUUAUUGUCAUAAAACUUGAGGUUUACUUAUCGAUGAUGUAACCACAUUUUUUGAUGACAUUUUGGCUGAAUCCGAUUGAUUUGACGAUUGUAAUAUGGCUUUAAUGCAGCACCGUUUUUUUUUAAUUCGCAGGUCGUCGUUGAGGGUUUGUAUACAGCAAGCCGAGGCUGUAUAUACUGAGGCAAACAACAUAAAACCUAAAUGAUUACUAGCCUACCAUUUUACGUAAUUUUAUGUGCCACUGCUCAUUUCCCUAUAUGAAGAUGAUAAUUUUUUACUGAAAGGUAGUUAAUAAGGUGCUUGUAUAAUUUCAUUUAGCCUGAAAUUAAUCCCGGGUCUCAUUAACAGUUACAACAAUUAAACGCAGAAAAUACAACAAAGCAUCGGGCCGUAUUUUUACUGUAGUCCCUAAUUGUAUUUCUCCGUUUAGGUUUUAUCAGCUAUACAUUCAGCCAUUGAAUUUUGAAACUGAAAGCCGGUCGGAAAAAUCCAUUGCGAAGGUUGUUUAUAUUAACUAAGCCUGAUGUGUUAUCAACGUCAUCUUGCGUCAAAACGGGGAAAAAAAUAAACAAACGAAUACCAAA